AGUCGCAGCCUACCAAUGGACAUUGGCUCGGGGCGGCGCGAAAACCGUCCGCGGCCAAUGAGUGACAUCCAUGGGCGGGGCGGACAGAGCGGGAGCCGCAGGACCGAGUGUGCAGCCCGCAACGGACUCGACGGCGGUGCCAUGGAGCUCGGGGCGGGCGGCGCGGCGGGGCCCGGGCAGCGCGGUGGGGCAGAGCCGGGCCGCCAGCUCCUCCUGCUGCUGGGCGGGGGCGACGGUGGAGGGGCGGGUUGGGCGUGGCCCGCGGGGGGUGGCGGGGCGGGAGGGACUGGCACGGACACGGAGGCCGGCCCGGAGCCGGACUACGAGGCCCUCCCGCGGGGCUCCGCCGCCUCCACCCACAUGCUCGCAGGGGCUGUGGCGGGGGUGCUGGAGCACAGCCUCAUGUACCCGGUGGACUGUGUCAAGACAAGGAUGCAGAGCCUGCAACCGGAACCUGCUGCUCGCUACCGGAAUGUGCUGGAGGCCCUGUGGCGGAUCGUGCGGACUGAAGGGAUCUGGCGACCCAUGCGUGGAUUGAACAUCACAGCCACAGGGGCAGGCCCUGCUCAUGCCUUGUAUUUCGCCUGCUACGAAAAGUUGAAAAAGACACUUACCGACAUUAUCCAUGCUGGGGGCAAUAGUCAUGUGGCCAACGGCGCAGCAGGCUGUGUGGCAACAUUGCUUCAUGAUGCAGCCAUGAACCCAGCAGAAGUGGUAAAGCAGAGAAUGCAGAUGUACAACUCUCCAUACCAGCGAGCAACAGACUGUGUACGUGCUGUAUGGUGCAAUGAAGGGGCAGGAGCUUUCUACCGAAGCUACACCACUCAGCUGACUAUGAACAUCCCCUUCCAGGCCAUCCACUUCAUGGCAUAUGAAUCUUUGCAGGAACACCUCAAUCCUCACAGACAGUACAACCCUAGUUCCCAUAUGGUGGCAGGGGCCUGUGCAGGGGCCAUUGCUGCUGCUGCCACCACCCCAUUGGACGUUUGCAAGACACUGCUGAAUACCCAGGAGGCCCUGGCACUGAAUACCAACAUCAGUGGGCACAUUACAGGCAUGGCUCAUGCAUUCAGGACGGUGUACCGCGUGGGUGGGCUGACUGCCUAUUUUCGAGGGGUACAAGCACGUGUCAUUUACCAGAUGCCCUCCACAGCCAUUGCCUGGUCUGUGUAUGAGUUCUUCAAAUACUUCCUUACCAAGCGAAAGGAGGAGCGAUUGGCUGGAAAGUGAAAUGUGACUCCACCCGCUGGAUUGGCUGGUGCCAGACUCAGAUGACAAGCAAGCCUUUGGAAUAAUGAUGCCGCCUCUUGCCUGCUGCUGCAUUUUGCACAGCCCAUCAUCCUUCUCCCAAAUGGAUAGUAGACAAUGAGCAGCAGCUUGGCCUGCCCUUUUCUAGCCUGUCACCUAACAAGCAUCUCCCUUGCCCCAAAAGUUGUAUUCCCUUAAAAGAGGUGGAGACUACCAUGAGCUACCGUGAGCACAUUGGAACUUGGGGUGAUGACCUGCAUACCCUGAAUGGGUUGCUGUUACGAUAACGUGGUGAUGGAGGCAGGGGAAGUGUUAGCUGAGCUGUUGUCUAGUAGCACACACACAAACCUCAUGCUCUCUGGGAAGGCUUUGAUUGUUGUGGCCCUUGGCACCUCCAAUAAAGUCUGCUUUAUCGUCA